UCAAAUUUAGUCGCUGUCAUGCAAGUAAUAGAUCAGCGAGACACUAACAACUAAACAGCAAGUUGUGCUCUGAAACCUCCGCUUUUAAGAAAGAAGUUGUGGUGCUGUGAGGAAAUGUUUAUUACGGUCCGUUAUGGUGACGGCGAAGAAUCUAUCUUUAAUCCAAACUGUCGGACAAACAUUCUAUUAGAGGAUAUCAAACGACGCUGCAACUGCACAAAAGAUGCCACAGUAGAUUUGAGUGAUGAAUCGGGAAAUCUCAAGUAUUUAGCUAAUCACCCCAUGAGUUAUGCUACAGAGAUACUAAAAGAACGAGAAUCACUGGUGUUGAUAAGAGUAGAAAAAAAAAGUGAAGCUGAAGGUGAUAGUUAUACGCCGAUGCUGAAUGACAUGAUUAUUGUAACUCCACAAUUUUUAGAACGUCUUUCGAGAUGCGAGAGUGACAGUCUUAACGCCAAGAAUUCUCAGGCCAAACCAGUUCGAAUUAACAGUCCCUUAACUAAAAGACAAACCGGACUUCAAGGAAAAACCAAAACUUCAUUAACAUCAACAUCAGGCAGGAGUAAAAUAACAUCCAGAGAAAAAACCUCGGCACAGAAGCGAAGCAGUAAAGACAUGAGAUAGGGACGUAGAAAAUGAAAUAGCUACUGAUAUAAAAAUUUAAUGAAAACUCAGGACAACUAUCAAAACGUAAAGGCAAUCAAGUUUUAUUAACAGUACUUGCAAGACAAUUAUUCUAGCUAAAAAAGAUGCACAUUCGCAUUGAUCGUCACACGAGAGGCGUUUCUUCACGAGGGGGAAAGGACUGGUGCAACAAUUUUCUCUUGAAGUUAACGACUUCGGCCUUGAAAUUCGCCCUCUGUUCGCAUGGGCCAGCACUAAUAUUUUUUUUGCCAAACCCCUGACACGUUCUUAAUUUGAGUAAACCAGAUAAAAUUAAAAACUAGAUUACUGAAUGAAUAAAUUACUCUGGUCUUCUUGUAAAAAUCCCUUCAUUUUAUUUUUGUGACAUAAAAUUGCUAUACGAGAAAAAUGGCGCUUCAAAUUCCCAUACAGGAACUGUCUGUCAACUUUUUGAAAAAACCAUCUCGAGUCCAAAGAGUUAUGCGAAUAGGGGAAAUUUUAUCGAGCCUCAGAAAAAACGGCAUAGCUUGUGGCUGGUUAGCCUGUGGCUGGUUAGCUUGUGGCUGAUUAGCCUGUGCUAAGUUUCCGUAACAGUACUCUUUCAAUUAGAAUAAAUAAAUAAUUGUUAAAUAUUGCGAUAAUUCUUAUGUGAUUUUCCUCCCGAACAUCAAGUGAUUACGUUGACAAAAAGACAAUCCAAUAACAUAGAUUAAAAAGUAAAUAUGAGACUGGGAAACAAAACCUGGCGUAUUUAUCAACAGUAUUCACUGUUACGUCAUCUCUAAAGUUAUUCACAAAAUCAUCGUCUUCAGAUGACAUUUGUUUGCGGCGACCUUGAGAGGUCUGGUGACUAUCACCAUCUAUAUUGUUUUCAUGCAACGAAUGGUCGUAGGUGCUGUUCAUGUCUCCAAUUCUGUUCCUAGAAAGUUUACGAAGAUCGGAUUC